UACGACGAGAGUUUCUGAUCAUUCCGCCAUGUUAUGAGAUGAAAUGAUGAUUGGGAGGUGUGAAAAGAAGUUUAAAUGACAGCCAGCUGUUCACAUUUCCAUCCUCUUUCAAAUCACACAUAUUCACACAAUCUAUCAAACCAGUAAUAUACAUCUUUUCACGCGUAACUUCGUCAAAAUCACAUUUUAGCAGAGAGAAUGUGUCUGUCAACAGCAUAUUUCAACUCUGAGGAGUGAACACGUCAACUCGGUCAACUGACUGUGUACCAAGAAAUUCACAGGGAAUGUGUUACUGAUAGUUAACCAAGAGAAGAAGAGACAAGAAGUGCACAAGUCAUGGACGAAGACGAACGUAAGAAGAUAGAGGAGAUUGGGAAGAUGACGUCUCUAUCACAGGAGGAGAUAAUAAGUGGUACAAAGACAAUAAUGCAAGGCCUGGACACACUGAAAAAUGAACAUCACCAAAUUCUUAAUGGACUGCUCUCCUCCAUGAAAACUAUCAAAAAAGAAAAUGAAGAUACUAACCUGAUGGAGGAGAAGACUAAUCGCCUCAAAAAGUCAUUGGAGACCAUAGAACUAGGCCUCAGUGAAGCACAGGUAAUGAUGGCAUUAGCAAAUCAUCUUCAGCAUGUUGAGGCAGAAAAACAAAAAUUACGAGCACAAGUGAGACGUCUGUGUCAAGAAAAUGCCUGGCUUAGGGACGAACUGGCCAACACACAGCAGAAACUGCAAGGAAGUGAACAAAGAGUGGCCACGCUAGAAGAGGAACAAAAACAUCUCACUUUUAUGAAUGAGAUGAGAAAAUAUGAUUCAUCAGAUCCCAAUCAACAAUCACAGACCUCAGAAGGAGAGAAAGAAUCUGACCAAUCAACACAGUCCUUGGACCUCGGCUUUCCAGACGAUGAUGAUGAACCUCCACAACAAGAAGUCCUUUCUCCCUCACAACCCAGUGCCAUGGCCCAGGCUGCUAGUGGAGGGUACGAGAUUCCUGCGCGACUACGCACUCUUCAUAAUCUAGUCAUCCAGUAUGCCUCUCAAGGCCGCUAUGAAGUGGCUGUCCCGCUUUGUAAGCAAGCCUUAGAGGACUUAGAGAAGACCAGUGGCCAUGACCAUCCUGAUGUAGCUACCAUGCUUAACAUUCUAGCUCUUGUAUAUAGAGAUCAAGGCAAAUAUAAGGAGGCUGCCAAUUUACUGAAUGAUGCCCUGGGCAUCAGAGAGAAAACACUCGGUCUCGAUCAUCCGGCUGUGGCGGCAACACUGAAUAAUUUAGCUGUUCUAUAUGGAAAGAGGGGCAAAUAUAAAGAAGCAGAACCUCUAUGUAAAAGAGCAUUAGAAAUUAGAGAAAAGGUUUUAGGAAAAGAUCAUCCAGAUGUUGCUAAGCAGUUAAAUAAUUUAGCCUUACUUUGUCAAAAUCAAGGAAAAUAUGAAGAGGUUGAACAAUAUUAUCAGCGAGCUCUUGAAAUUUAUGAAACCAAAUUGGGACCAGAUGACCCCAAUGUUGCUAAAACUAAGAACAACUUGGUGGAACAUUAUUAUAAGAGAGCUUUAGAAAUAUACCUCAUACGUUUAGGUAGAGAUGACCCAAAUGUAUCCAAAACAAAAAAUAAUCUGGCCUCGGCAUAUCUCAAACAAGGGAAGUAUAAACAGGCAGAAGCUUUAUAUAAAGAAGUCCUCACUAGAGCUCAUGAAAAGGAAUUUGGAAAAGUAGAUGGUGAAAAUAAACCUAUAUGGAUGCAAGCUGAAGAAAGAGAAGAAAAUAAAGGUAAAAGUAAGGAAGGAUCUCCACUGCCUGAGUAUGGGGGCUGGCAUAAAACUGCCAAGGUUGACAGUCCAACAGUCACAACAACUUUAAAGAAUUUAGGAGCUUUGUACAGGAGGCAGGGGAAGUAUGAAGCUGCAGAAAUGCUAGAGGAAUGUGCAAUGAGAUCCAAAAAGAGUGCCCUGGAUGUGGUCAAACAGACCCAGGUCUUGGGUGCUGACUAUUCUAAAGACCACUUACCCCCCACCAAUCCGGGGCGGCGGAGAUCGGGAAGUAAAGAUCGGGGGUUCAGGAACUCCAUGGAAAAUGUGUCACAUAUUGGUGAUACGGAGGAUGGAAAAUUAAAGAGAAGUGGGUCCUUCACCAAACUGCGAGCUUCCAUUCGACGGUCCAGUGCUAAGUUGGUGCAGAAACUAAAAGGAAAGGGCACAGGCGAAGAAACGGGCAGCGUUUGGAGUUUGCCAGGGUCAGGUUACCUGGAUACUCCCAUUCCCCGUUACUGGGACGAAUCUAGCGGCCCCGCCUACUCUAGAUCUGGUAUGAAAAGAGCAAGUUCCAUGUCAGUUCUCAACACAAGCAGUAACCAACCAGAUAAAUUAAGUGAAAGCAGACGGUCGUAUGGGGAUCUAAGAGGGCAGGGCAGGACAGCCAGUUCCGACCACUUAAUUAACCGACCGUUCUGAUGCCGGCUUGGUGUGCAAUCACGUGGGCUGAUAUCAUCACCAUUCCUGACACAUGUGAUAGGGUUCAGAGUCAGCCUCACCCCUCCACUUCAUACUAUUAUCACCCCCCGGGGCUGUGUACUUAUAUCAAACUCCUUGUGUGUGAUUCUGAGAGAAUUAGUGGCUUAGUCACAGUGUAAAUUGCUUCAAUAAAAGUACUUUCAUCAUUUGCCACAGUAUUCUGUGUCAAAUGCUGUCAGGUCAAGAUCAACAUUGUUAUGGAUUAUUUAUUAUUACAGCAUGUUAUUUAUUUUCUUGGGUCAGUUUGCUAUCAUAUGUCAUCACUGUAAAUGGCCAUUCAAAUUUGAUGUUCAUGUUAUAUAUUUAGCCUCUUAAAUGUGGAAAACCAAUGAACUUCUCUUACAAACUGUAAAUGAUUGUUGUUGCUGUUCUUAAUGCAUGUAGUUAAGUAUUUCUAAAAUAUCACACUGAAGGUUUUUUUCCUUCAUUUUUUUAUACAAUAAAAACAGUCUGGUAGUCUGGUUAAUGUAAUAUGUAAAGAAGUUUUAUUUUCAACCAUAUUUUCAUCUUUAGGGUAAAUAUUUGACAGGUUUGCUUUUUAGAGUGUUAUAUAAGUGUACAGUUUACAGAUGGUGAUAAUUUAAGAAUUUAAGGAUGAAACGGGUGGAUGGUGUAGUUAAAUCCCAAAGCUUAAGUAUGCUUCUGUUUGCUUGCAUUCUGGAAAAUGUUUAGAUAAUGUUACACACUUGAGGGUGGGGAAAUUGAUUUUAUGUUUGGGUUUAGAAAUGAUAUAUCUGCUAUAAGGAACACAGAGCUAAUUGAUGAAGCUUGGACAUGUUUGUCAUGAGUAACUCCAUCUGUGCUCCUAAUAAAGUAUAUACAUGUACCUAUUUAGCCCAUUAAGUAUGGCAUACUGAUUCUUCACUUUUUUUCACAGAAUUUCAUUUUUAGCUCACCUCGACGAAGUCGAGAUGAGCUUAUGCUAUACCGUCGGCGUCCCAGUUAAAGUUUUAGGAGCAAGUCCAUUCCCAAGUAACUAUUAGCCCUACCUGGACUUGCAUGGAUGAUGCAUCUAGGGAUGGACACUACAACACUUGCUUCGGAUGGUGGAUAUGACCUAGAUAUUCCAGAGUGACCAUGUUAAAGUAUUUGGAGCAGGUCCAUUCCAAAGUAACUAUUAGCCCUACCUUGACCAAACUUGCAUGGAUGAUGCAUCUAGGGAUGGACACUACAACACUUGCUUCGGAUGGUGGAUAUGACCUAGAUAUUCCAGAGUGACCAUGUUAAAGUAUUUGGAGCAGGUCCAUUCCAAAGUAACUAUUAGCCCUACCUUGACCAAACUUGCAUGGAUGAUGCAUCUAGGGAUGGACACUACCACACUUGCUUCGGAUGCUGGGAUUCGACCUAGAUAUUCCAGAUGAGUGACCGGGUUAAAGUUUUUGGAGCAGGUCCAUUCCCAAGUAACUAUAAGCCCUAUCUUGACCAAACUUGCAUGGAUGAUGCAUCUUGGGAUGUACGCUAACCAACCUGCUUCGAAUGCUGGAUUCAACCAAGCUUUUCCAUAUGAGUAAAUUUUAGCCAUAUUUUAACCAAAUUAGCAUGGAUGAUGUAGCUAGGCAUGGUCACUUCCAGACUUGCUUUGGAUUCUGAAUGUGACCUACAUUUUCCAGAUGAGUGACCAGGAUAUUUUUUUGGAGUAGCUAUAUAACAUUAUGGCUUGUUAUGAUUAAGCUUGCAUAGAUGGUGCAUCUAAGGAUGAAAACUUCCAGACUUGCUUUGGAUGUUGGAACUGGCCAAAAUUUUCUUGAUUAGUAAACAGGAUAAAUGUUUUUUGAACAGGUCUAUUUCCAAGUAACUAUAAGUCGUACUUGAACCAAACUUGCAUGGAUAUUGAUCUUGGGAUGUACACUAACUAAAAAAAGAAUAUGAUGUGAAAUUUGCCUUACUUAAAGAUAACAUUUGUCGAGGUGAGCUUCGUAAUCUUUGAUUACCUAUGUUAAAUAUUUUGAAAAAAGUUUUCAAAUUAGAAUUUCAAUGCUGAGAAAAAAGCUUGAGGUGUGUUUGCAUUUUGUCCAAUCUCUUUUACACAUUGCAGUCCUUGGAAAUCCACAGAUUGGUUGGAGAGAAAUUUUGCCAAAUAGGUUGUGUUCAAAGUUCCUGAAUAUGAUUUUUGCCUAGUUUUGAAUACUCACUAUUAGGGAUCUCCUGUUGCUGCUCCUAUGUUCUUUGUAGAAAUUUUAAGUUGGUUCUUGUUAUAUUCAUGUUAAUUACAUUUGUUAUAGUUUCUAUGUGCCACCAUUAGCACAAUUUCCCAUAAGAAUUGGCCAAGGAUUUGGGAGUAAAGUUGUGUCGAAUUGUGAACAAAAAGGGGUACAAGUUAAAUGUGGAUUGAAUGUAUGAGAAGGGUUUCCAGGUGAUCUCAGAUUAUGAAAUUUGUGCACUUCUUGAGAUGAUAAAUCAGGUGAAAGCCACAUUUUCUUAUCAGCUUUGAGACGUUUAUUUUCAAAGUGCUGUUCGAUUUUUUUUUUUUUGUUUGUUUGGUAUGAAUAUGUGCUAUUGUUGCUUAUGUGAUAAUUUACAUGAACAAAAUUUUUGGUUUAUAACGGAACUUUUGUUACUUAGGUAGGCAUACUAGACUAGGAGGUUAAUGUUUAUUUGUAAGAAAGUUGAACUUGCAGUGCUCAGGGCUUUGGUUAUGUUGUAGAUCAAAUGCUUGCCAUUUUAAAACGGAGUGCAUAUGAUAAGCACGCCCUACUAUGUUUUUCUAUUAUGGCUAUGCCGACAGAAAAAUAUUUUACAUUCUUGAAUUUCUACACGUGGAUUCUUAUUAAGGUAAUCAACAUGUGUUCUGGUUAUAAAGUUAUUACAUUUCAAAUUGCAAUUACUCUUUACAAUGAUAUGAAGGAUUUCAUGAGUGUCCCAAGUGUACUGUUUAUAUUUAUAAAACACAUUCCUGUUCUGUUGUGUGAAGGGAAAAGGGAGGCUACUAGUAAUUAUGUGCAAACUGAAGUUGUGAUUUUUUUUAAAAAUUGUAUAAAACAUGAUAUUAAGCGAGUUUACAUUAUAGAUAUUAAUGUUUUAUUCAGUGUUCAAAGGAAGCCAUUUGUAGUGAUGGAAAUAGGAUUUUAAGAUAAGGUAACCUGAAAUUUCCCUACUUCAAACAUGGGAAGUAAUACCCACGAGUUUUUGGUUUUUAAAUAGUAGAUUGAUAUAUAGUAAUGGUAACAAAAAAUUGCUGAAAAAUAGUAAUAUUUAAAUGUUUGUGUAAAAUAGUAAUAUACAUGUAAUAAAGAUUAUUUGAUACCAAGUCAUCUAGCCAUGCCUAUAUAUGGAGUCCAAUGGCCUCCUAUUGUGAUAUCAUUUGUUUUUUUUUGCAAGAAUGGGUGUAUAUUGUUGCUGUACUUUGUUGCCAAUGUACUGAUUAUAAAGCUAAUGUAUGCAAUAUAAUAUUUGUACAAUAAAUUAAUGAAAUCUAAAUUCUUUCUGUCAUGGCACUUUAUAGAAAUGAAUUUAUUAAACAUGAAUAAAUGAAAGUGUUUUGUCUUGCA